GGAAAUUAGUUUUGCCGCUCAGGAAUUUUAAUCGGCCAAAUUUCCUUAACCCUAAGACCCAACAACCUCUUUUCCUUCCAUCAUUUUGGUCCAAAUAAUAUACUCAGCGACAAAGGCAAACCGCAGCAGCAAAGGCAAACCGCAGCAGGCUUCACGCUGCGGCAAAGGGAAACCCCAGCAGCUUCACGCUGCGGCAAAGGGAAACCGCAGCAGACUCGCUCAAUCGGCCAGAGAGAUCCGAGAUUCAAUCGGCCAGAGGGAUUCAAUCUACUCCACAGCUCCACGCAUCCGCCGAACUGCCGCGCUUCCAUAAGGCUGAAGACCACAAUCGAAACUCCCAUAUCAGCCGUGGCCAAGUCCGAAACAGUGAUGAUGUGAAGGAAAACCAGGCAAGCAGCAAUAAUUUCUCAUCCGAACAAACAUUAUUAUGGGGUCCAAGAAUCGUGAGUGGAUGCAGUAAAAAAAAUGACCCAAAGUAUAAGACCGGCGUGAAACAGUUCAUAGAGUUUGCUUUUUCUCAAAAAAAAAUGUGCAAGAUGUGGGACCUUGUCCUUGUGUAAAAUGCAAUAAUGAACUGAGGAAAAAUAGAGAGGAAGUAGAGCUGGAUUUGCUGAAAUUUGGAAUUGUGAGGAGUUAUACACGCUGGUUACGACAUGGGGAAAGAACUGACUGUUUGACAACUCAUAACGAUAUUACACCUCAGUCAACUCAAUAUCCUGAAUUUACUUCAAUGUUUGAUAUGCUACAUGAUGCAUUCAAAAUGCCAAGACAAGAAUAUGCAGUUGGUGAAGAAGAUAAUGUGAGCGGAUAUGAAGACCCUCUAGAAUCUGUUGAUAAGUUUUACAAACUGAUGAGUGAUCUUGAGUUAGAGUUAUAUCCAGAUAUGGACGAGCAACAUAAUGGAAACAGUGAAGAUUCUAUUAUGGAGAAAGGAUCAUGACAUUUGGUUUUUGUGAUAGAAAAUGAGCAAAUGAAACAGUAAUAACCGCUAAUACCUUGAUGCCGGACACACCGCUGGUUCAAAGAGUUUUGCUCAAGUUGUAGAAGAUAUGUUCCAAAAUGAUCAAGUAAUGCCCGGUGUGUUGAAAGUGUAUCAGAAGACUCAUACCAGAAGUGAUAAAACUCUGGUGACAAAUGUUGCUAAAGAAACUAUGUUAAGAAUAAAUAAGCUUGUAGAGCAGCGUGAACAAGGAGAAAUCAGCAUGACAAAUGAAGACAUUUAUGCAAAACUUAAACCCAAAGGUAAAAAUGGCCGUGAUCGUGGAAAGGGAGUAAGCCCGUCCAUUACUUCCUUGUUUGGGUGGUUUAGUGAAGGAGAGAAAUUUCGCAAAGAGGCUGAAGACGCAAAGAAGGAAGCUAAUGAGGCUAAAAAAGAAGCUUACGAAGCUAAUGCAAAAAAUAAAAUGCUCACUAAGGAGGUGAAAAAUUUCAAAAAAGAAGUAAGAAUUAUGAAGGGUGUUAUCAGAAAGUUUUUCAACCUUAUGGGAGGCGAUUUUAAAGUUAUUUUUGAAUGAGGUUGAAAAGGAGCAUAAAAAAGUCCAUGAUGAUGACAAUAGUGAUGAUGAUGAUGAUGGUGGCGGCGGCGAUGAUGAUGCUAAUGAUGAGGAAUGAACUUUCUUAAGCAUUUAUUCUAGCCCGUAGGCAUACUUUGUCCCAUCUUAAUGUUUUUAGUAGUUGCUAAAUUAACUCUGGCUAGUUAGUUUUUUCUUAAGUUGUGGAGGUGCAGAUGAGUUUGAAUAAACUAUGUACUGGUGCAGUUACUUUUUAAGUAAUUAGUUUAAGCUAAAUUUUGUCUUUCUAUAUUAUUCUACA